UGGAGCAAUUAAUAUAUACCAUGGACGCGAACAAAACGAAUAAAUACGACCAACGAACGACGGUGUGCGACGUCGACAAAGCUGGCCCUUACGGCGCAUCGUCCAGCAGCGACGAGUACUUGGUUUCGGGCUGCUCUUGAGCUGGCGAUGGGUCGUUGUAGUAGUUGUUCGAGGCGGGCGAGUCACUGUUGCUGGGCUGGGCGAAUGCAUUCCACGACGGCGACGACGGAUGGGUGGCAAAUUCGCUAUCAUUGUGUUGCUGAGGUUGCUGAAGGUGGCUCGUCGAUGCAUGGUUCAUGCGGUACGAUGUAAGGGGGGGCACCGGCUCGCUCGCGCUUCGGAAUGCACGCGUCAUGGUAGGAUGAUGCCGUCCUCCUUGGUCGUCGCGGCCUUGUUGAUGCAGCAUUUGCUGCUGUUGAGGAUUCUGUCUCGUGGGGAUGCUAUCGAUGUUGUAGAGGAGCCAGUCGAACCACUGCUCGUUGCCGGGACCGUUGAGCGAGCGCUGUUGUGCUAGUGGCGGGUUGUGCAGUUGCGGCGACUGGAAAGGAAUUUGGUCGUCACGCCCUCGGGCACCACAACUCAGGCUGAUGUUUUGAAAUGCGCGACUGGCUUCCGUGGUCGGCGUCGGCUGUUGGGACAGCGACUGCUGCUGGGAUGGAUGGUUGGCAGGAAUUGUGAUCGUUGGAAAUGGGUAGCAGGUGGGCGGGUUCGAGUGUCGGUCGGCAGUCAUCAUUGCACGAGGAGCAGCGUCGUAGGCAUCAUUGGACAUGCGAUGCUGAAACAAGUUCACCGAGGUCGAUUGGGGGGUGCUCGGUUCUUCCUUCUUCGGCUGGUACGACGAAGGGGGGCUGCCAAAUGAUCCCAUCAUGGGCCGAACGAACGAAGACGCUUUGUCAAAGUGACCAAUGUCGUUGGGGAGAUGGUUUUCACUGUCGCCGCCGUCGUCGCCAUCGUCGUGGACGUCUGCGGACAGCUUUGGGUUGGUCUCACGCGAAUCGUCCAUCUUUUGCAGCCUGCGAAAGUACUUUUGUGCAUGCGUCCGCGUCUGGAGUACUGUGCGCGUCCCGACUGCCUUGGAGAUUUUGCGCCAUCGAUUCAAAACGCCGUGAGGGUACUGAUGCAGCCCUUCCACAAAUCGAUUGUGCUCUUCGUUUGACCACCGUCCCGAGUGAAACAGAACGCCGGACGGAAUGUUUUUUGUCCGAAGCUGCUUCUGUGUAUCGUUAUUGCCGAUCUCUGGGAACGACGUGGCGUUCAUGAUCCCGUGCGUCACUUCGUACGAUGUUCCCAUGUCGGCAGCCGAAUUGGAGCGGGGGAGACAGCUCCCCGCACUCGCCAUUGCGGGGCCACGGUGCAUCGAGGCAGACGGCGACAGAUGCGAGUGCUGGUGGCGCGGAUAUGCCGCGCCAAGUACAGCACCGCCAAACAAGUCGCUGGGAGUCGCGUCUUUGCGAUAUGGCAUGAGGUCCAUGGAGGGAAAGCUGUUGCUGCGACCCACACGACCGCUUACAUCGUGAAGGUACGGCCAUGGCUUCACCUGCUGUUGAAAAUGCUGCGACUUGUCCAUGAACCGGUCGUAGUUGUUCGACGUUGCUGUGGGGUCGUCGUGCAUGGAAGGCGCCGACCCCUCAAAAGUCGAUCGGUCGUACUCGUCAUGGCUGUACAUCAUGUGGGGCGGCGCACUCACGUUCGUUGCAGCGGCGCCGUCAUGGAACGCCGAAUUCGCGUUUCCAUCGACGGAUCCUGCAGGCGACGAAAAGUGGGAGAGGAACCGUAUCGACGAGUCGUUAUCCCGGCCGCUCGUGGCUGCUCCGGAGGGCGUGCCGAGGGCGCUCGUGCUGGCGGUGGUGCUCUCCAUCCUCAUAAGAUACUUGCCAACUCGUUGCGAGAUGGUAGCUUUGGAGGAGUCGGCUGCUG